AUGUCUGAAUCAACCAUUGUCCUCAUUACUGGUGCCAAUCAGGGUAUUGGCUAUGCAACAGUUAAAACAAUUGCAUCCCAUCCAAACUAUCAUGUAAUAAUGGCCUGCCGAAAUCUUUCCAAGGGACACGAGGCAUGUUCCCGGCUCGAAACUGCCGGUAUUAAAGGAACACUUUCCGUUGUCCAGCUGGAUGUCGAAGAUGACAUUUCGAUCUCGAAGGCCGUCGACAGUGUUUCCAACGAGUUCGGGCGAAUUGACGUUUUUAUCAGUAAUGCAGGCACACUUUCGCCUGGUUCGACUGGACGUGAUAAGCUCGGAAAGAUAUUCUCAACGAACGUCUUUGGUGCAAUGCUUGCUACAGAGGCUUUCAUCCCCCUCCUGCUGAAGUCCACUCGCCCGUGUCUUAUUCAAAUAUCAAGUGCGUUGGGCUCGCUAGUACUUGCAUCGGAUGCCAACAAUGCGAAAAGUUCCGAGACGUGGGAUGAAUACCGCAUGAGCAAAGCCGCAUUGAACAUGAUGACAAUUCAAAUGCACAAGCGACUCAGAAACCAGAAUGUCCGCGUUUUUGCCUUUUGUCCUGGUCUUGUGCGAUCCAACCUGAGGGGUGUUUCUGAAGAAGCAGUCACUGCUCAAGGUAAUGCUGGCGACCCGAUGGAAUCAGCGAACGCGCUCUUGAACAUUAUAGUUGGAAGGAGAGAUAAAGAUGCCGGCAAAUUUGUUCACAAAGAUGGAUGUUACCCUUGGUAG